GCGCGCCCGAGGGAAAGGCGGAAGCGGAAGUCGGGGGCGCGCCGGUUCGCAGCGGAGAGCGCAGCGGCGUCGGGUCGGGGUCCAGGGUCGCCAUGGGGCGCGGCAGCGGCACCUUCGAGCGUCUCCUAGACAAAGCCACCAGCCAGCUUCUGCUGGAGACCGACUGGGAGUCCAUCCUCCAGAUCUGUGACCUCAUCCGCCAGGGGGACACACAAGCCAAAUAUGCCGUGAGUUCCAUCAAAAAGAAAGUCAACGACAAGAAUCCUCAUGUGGCCUUGUACGCCCUGGAGGUCAUGGAGUCUGUGGUGAAGAACUGCGGCCAGACGGUCCACGACGAAGUGGCCAACAAGCAGACGAUGGAGGAGCUGAAGGAGCUGCUGCAGAGGCAGGUGGAAGUAAACGUCCGGAAUAAGAUUCUGUACCUGAUCCAGGCCUGGGCGCACGCCUUCCGGAACGAGCCCAAGUACAAGGUGGUCCAGGACACGUACCAGAUCAUGAAGGUGGAAGGACACGUCUUCCCAGAGUUCAAGGAGAGCGAUGCUAUGUUUGCUGCAGAGAGAGCCCCUGACUGGGUGGACGCCGAGGAGUGCCACCGCUGUAGAGUGCAGUUCGGGGUGGUGACCCGCAAGCACCACUGCCGGGCGUGCGGCCAGAUCUUCUGUGGCAAGUGCUCGUCUAAGUACUCGACCAUCCCUAAGUUUGGCAUCGAGAAGGAGGUGCGUGUGUGCGAGCCCUGCUAUGAGCAGCUGAACAAGAAAGCGGAAGGAAAGGCCUCGUCCACGACGGAGCUGCCCCCAGAGUACCUGACCAGCCCCCUGUCCCAGCAGUCCCAGCUGCCCCCCAAGCGGGACGAGACGGCGCUGCAGGAGGAGGAGGAGCUGCAGCUGGCCCUGGCUCUGUCGCAGUCGGAGGCAGAGGAGAAGGAGAGGAUGAGACAGAAGUCGGCUUACGCUGCUGCCACGUACCCUAAGGCCGAGCCGGCGCCCGUGGCCUCAUCGGCGCCCCCUGCCAGCAGCCUGUACUCUUCGCCCGUGACCUCGUCGGCGCCGCUGGCUGAGGACAUCGACCCUGAGCUCGCCCGGUACCUUAACCGGAACUACUGGGAGAAGAAGCAGGAGGAGGCCCGCAAGAGCCCGACCCCGUCCGCGCCCGCGCCCCUGACGGAGCCGGCCGCCCCGCCUGCAGAGGGCCACGCCGUCCCUGCCAGCGCGCUGGAGACUCCCCUCCCGGAGACAGAUGCUCAACCCGUAGCUCCGUCCAGCGGCCCCUUUGGCGAGCAGCAGUACCAGAACGGGGAGUCGGAGGAGAGCCACGCGCAGUUCCUGAAGGCCCUGCAGAACGCCGUCACCACUUUCGUCAACCGCAUGAAGAGCAACCACGUGCGGGGCCGCAGCAUCACCAACGACUCAGCCGUGCUGUCCCUCUUCCAGUCCAUCAACGGCAUGCACCCCCAGCUGCUGGAGCUGCUCAACCAGCUGGACGAGCGCCGGCUCUACUACGAGGGGCUGCAGGACAAGCUGGCGCAGAUCCGCGAUGCCCGGGGGGCGCUGAGUGCCCUGCGGGAGGAGCACCGAGAGAAGCUUCGCCGGGCAGCCGAGGAGGCCGAGCGCCAGCGCCAGAUCCAGCUGGCCCAGAAGCUGGAGAUCAUGCGGCAGAAAAAGCAGGAGUACCUGGAGGUGCAGCGGCAGCUGGCCGUGCAGCGGCUGCGGGAGCAGGAGCAGGAGCGGCAGCUGCGCCUAGAGCAGCAGAAGCAGACGGUCCAGAUGCGCGCCCAGAUGCCCGCCUUCUCCCUGCCCUAUGCCCAGCUCCAGGCCAUGCCCGCGGCCGGGGCUGUGCUGUACCAGCCCUCGGGUCCGACAAGCUUCCCGGGCACCUUCAGCCCCGCGGGCUCUGUGGAGGGCUCCCCCAUGCACACAGUGUACAUGAGCCAGCCGGCCGCCGCCGCCGCCGCCACCCCCUACCCCAGCAUGCCCGGAGCCACCGCAGAUCCCGGCAUGGUGGGCGCCUACAUGUACCCAGCAGGGGCCACCAGUGCACAGGCGGCCCCCCAGGGCCCCACCGGGCCCACCGCCAGCCCAGCCUACUCGUCCUACCAGCCCACGCCGACACAGGGUUAUCAGAACGUGGCCUCCCAGGCCCCCCAGAGCCUCCCAGCCAUGUCCCAGCCUCCGCAAUCUGGCGCCCUGGGCUACAUGGGGAGUCAGUCGGUGUCUAUCGGUUACCAGCCUUAUGGCAUGCAGAGUCUCAUGAACACCCUCCCCAGCCAGGACGCGCCUCUGCCGCCCCCGCAGCAGCCCUACAUUGCGGGGCAGCAGCCCCUGUACCAGCAGAUGGCACCUUCCGGGGGACCGCCCCAACAGCCUCCCCCAGUGGCCCAGCCGCCACCCACACAGGGCCCUCCGGCACAGGGCAGUGAAGCCCAGCUCAUCUCGUUCGACUGACCGCAGCUGGGAGCGCGCCGUCCAGAACAACACUACGUUCUCUGAACCAAUGCCUCCGUCUCUAACUAGCGUCGUCCUCUUGCCUCGCUUU